CCCCCUCCCAUAGCUUAAACUAAGCCCCGCCUAAAACCUAGCAAGCCUUCCUAAGCCCCGCCCACGCUGUUCCUGCUAUAGCAAUUUACCGACAGCUUUUUAGUAGAUGAUGUGGCAUGGGAUACAGGGAGGGGCGUUUAUUGGACUAAAUCAAUUAGCAGACAUGAUUGAAAUGUGCUGCCCAGGGCACGGAGUAGCAACGAGCCAAGACUUUAGAAUUAGAAGCAGGCGGACGUUCGUUCAGCUGCGGCGCCCACUCUCUAAAUCAGCUGUCAAUAAAAUUGUUGGCAAGAGCUCCUCAAGAUGUCUCCGCUUUAUGCAGAUUAGACGUAUCUUGAUUGGCUGUGGCGCACAGUCAUGCAGAUGAGCCACAUGUCUAUUGGCGCGAGGCAGACUCGUGCAGCUUCAGAAAAGCUUUCCGUUAGUUACAGGGCGGGGUUUCUAGGCUUCUUUUCUGCAAGGGGCAUGGUUUUCAGCAUGUGAUUGGUCGAGGGGCGGGCGCUUGUGGCUUUCGAGAGCUGUGAUUGGUGUUCUUUUUGCUCCGGGCCCUGUGCUCAGAUUGUGGGUUUUCAAUCAGCGCUUAGCCGGCCGAUUAGUGACAUGCUGGGCUCCGGAGGCGGUGGUGACCGAGGGCGACUCCGACAUUUACUACGGUCAAGUGUGGCUGGGCUUUGUGAACUGAAGCUACUGAGAGAUAGACAGGAGGUCCGUGUCCGGAGAGCGCUACAAGGUGGAGAGGAUCUUGACCGACAACUUUGGGAGUUGGAAAGGCAACUGGGAGAGCUGCGCCUGAGAGCAGAAAAUGACAGUGAAAAUGUGGAGUGUGAAGCGGAUGGCAUGGAGGCAAGUGAUGUAUUUGUGGAACGUUCCUCUCGAGGUGGUUUGACAGAGGCUCGAAUGCAUUAUGCAAAUGAGCGACCUAAGAGUGCAGGUGAUAUUGUUGUUGGAUCCCACCACCCUCGCUCUUCCUCAUCCCGCCUUCUAGUCCCCCGCUCUCUCUCUGCUCCCUACCCUUCACCUUCAUCUCCACCUCCCCCUCCACCACUUUCUCGCAGGGCUGAGGGCUAUAUUCUCUCUCUUCUUCGUCGCCAGCUACGCCCUCCAUAUUUACGCUCAGCCUCUGCUGAGAGGCCACCACCUCCGCCCCCUGCUUCAGGUAGUCGAAUGGCUAAUGUUUCGUACACGCCCCCACACCGUGUUCCCCGCAGAAAACACCCUCCACUUCUGAAGGGCCACAGUGUGGAGGGAUCACCACCUCGACUCCCCAGGAAAUGUCUGUCUGCAGAAGAGCCCCCCCGCAAGAGAGGUGGAAAGAGGACUCCGCGUUCCUUGUCUGAGACAAGUCUAAGGGACCCCAGCCACCAUGGCGAGGAAUGGAAUGAGCCUAAGGGUCACACAGAAGGUGGGGAGGGACCUAAAGGUAACACAGAAGGCUGGGUUCAUCCUCGGGUCCGUGCAGAACUAUGGGGAGAGUCUAGAAGCCAAACAGAAGGAUGGGCAGAGCCUAGGGCCCUUGUACAGGAUUGGGGGGAACACAGGGGUUACAUUCAGGAAGGUGGCCGUUGCUACACGUUGGGGAGGGAGGGAAAAGCACCACCAGUAAAGAUUGGCCCACCCUGCAGGAAGUGGAGGUCUACUGCAGAAAUUAGUGGAGGAGGUCCAGAAGAAGAGUCCAGGGUGGAUUCUGAAGGGGAAGAGGAAGAAGGAGGCGAGCUGGUGUGGCCCCUUCAGUUACCACCUUGUGAUGCAGAUGGACGUCCUCAAAUGUUUAAAGUUAAAGCCUCACAAGCUCUUAAGAAAAAGAUCAUGAGAUUUCACACAGGGUCUCUCAAGGUCAUGACAACUGUUUGACAGGUUUGUUCUUAACGUAAAAGUAUGACAACUGUCACUGGUAUUCUAAUAUACAUCUUACAGGCAUGUGUGCCUCAUAUAGAUAAACAGGGCUCUUCAAGGUCACAUAAAUACUUCAGUGACAUGCCUAGAGUUAAUUUGAGUGUCAAAUCUGUUUAAUGCUGUUGUGUCAAAUAACUGGGUUUAACAAAUAAUUUUUCUUAAUUUAUACAUUCAACAUUUGGACUCUUUGUUCUUUCCUACCAUCGACCCCUAACGCUUCUGUAUUAUCCUCAGUGUUUUUGUAUAAAAUCUAUUAUCUAAUGCUUUAGGGCUUUACUUUUGAACCACUUAUCAUUAUAUUUCAGCUUUCCAGUUGAAUUCAAAUGCAUUUUAAACUCCCUUACUGGUAACCAAAAUUCUAGUGAAGUCUGAGCAACUGCAUUUGGUAGAUUUUUCUAUAUAGAAUACAUACUAAUUCUGAUUCUAACCAAUCAAUAAACAUACUUUCACUAGAGAGUGCUAGAUUAUA